AUGUGUAAUGUUCCUCUUAACGACAGAGCUGUUAAAGAGCAUUAUGGUAGGAAGAAAGGUCAUUAUGGCGGGAAAAAACCUGCUAACCCUCCUGCUCAACAAGGUGGAAGUAAACCUGCUAACUCUCCUGUUAACCCUAUGUGGAUGGGUAGAGGUAUUAGUGAGCUCGUGGACAGAGUUAAUAUACAAGAAUGUGGACAUCGGUCCAAACAGCGAUCUGAUCCAAAUGCCCAUAGUCAGAGAAGGCCCAAUGAGAAGAUCCAAGGCCAACAACUAAUGAAGAGGAUCAAUCUUGCGGUGCAAGUCUUCAUCGAAUCCUUAGAACCAGAGAGACUGCCAUCGAUUCCUUCUCAAAUCACACUAGCAGAUUCAGAGUUAGUCAUCUCUAUGUCACGUAAAGCCAAGGAAGAUCAAAUCGAGACAUAA